AUGAUGUAUCUCAGUAUAUACGAAGAGGACUACAUUAUUCUGAAAGAUGAUUUGGUAAAACAAUGGAUAGCGGAAGGUUUUAUCCAUGCAACAGAAGAGGAAGACAUGGAAGAAAUAUCAAGGAUCUGUUUCGGUGAGCUAAUCAGUAGAAGACUGAUCCAACCUGUACAUAUAAGUGACAACAAUGAUGUUUUGUCCUGCACAGUGCAUCACAUGGUACUUGAUUUUAUCAAACAUAAGUCCUUUGAAGAGAAUUUUGUUACAGCAAUAGAUAAUUGUCAGACAACUGCACCACUCGUAGACAAGGUUCGUCGACUGUCUCUUCACUUUGGUAAUGCAGAAGCAACGCCACCAACAAAUAUGAGACUAUCACAAGUUCGCACUCUCGCAUUUUUCGGGGUCAUCAAGUGUUUGCCUUCCAUCGUGGAGUUCGGGCUUCUUCAAGUUCUAAUCCUUCAUCUUUGGGGCGAUGAUGAAAACAUCUGUGUUGAUCUCACUGGAAUAUCUGAGCUAUUUCGGCUGAGAUAUUUGCAUGUCACAUGUAAUGCCACCUUAGAAUUACCACAAACCCAAAGGCGAGGUCUACAAUAUUUGGAGACACUGAAAAUAGAUGCAAAAGUAAGUGCAGUUCCGUCAGACAUUGUCCAUUUGCCGGGCUUAUUGCACUUAAGUCUCCCUGUUGAAACAAAUCUGCCCAAUGGUAUUGGCCGCAUGGCAUCACUUUGCACCCUUGGAUAUUUUGAUCUAAGUGUUAACUCGAUAGAUAAUGUGCAGAGCCUUAUUGAGCUGGCCAAUCUUCGGGAUCUUCGGCUCACUUGUUCUACUGUUCAUUCUUCUUAUUUAAAGAGCAAAAUGGAUAUUAUGGGCACUAUUCUUGCGAAACUCAGCAACCUUCGGUCCGUAACUCUGAAGCCUUCAGGUAUUCUGGACAGAGGAUCUUCCAGCAUGAGCAUUUCCUGUGAUGGCUUGAGCAGCGUUUCCUCUCCUCCGGCGCUUCUUGAGAGAUUUGAGUGGUUGCCGUGCAUCUGCACCUUCUCCACCAUCCCCAAGUGGAUUGGACAUCUCAACAAGCUCUGCAUUUUGAAGAUUGGGGUUAGGGAGCUAACGAGCAGUGAUGUUGAUGUUCUCAGAAGGUUGCCUGCACUUACCGUUUUGUCGUUAUAUGUCCGAGCAAAGCCUGCAGGAAGGAUUGUCUUCACUAAGACAGGAUUCUCGGUUCUCAAGUGCUUCAAGUUCAGGUGCAGUGUACCUUGGCUGGAAUUUGAGGUGAAUGCAAUGCCUAAUCUAUUGAAACUCAAGCUAGGUUUCGAUGCCCAUGGAAAGUAUCAACCCCGUAUUAUACCUGUCGGCAUCAUGCACUUAACAGGCCUUAAGGAAAUCUCUGCAAAAAUUGGGGGUGUUGGUGCUAUUGACCCCAAUAGAAGGGCUGCAGAAUCAGCGUUGAUUGACGCUAUUGAGAUGCAUCCGGCACGCCCCACCUUUAACAUACAGUCUUUAGACAGGAUGUUCAGUGUUAAGGAUGACAAUAAUAGCAGUGUACAAGAGGAAGAACACACGACUCUGCAAAAGCAAUACGAUAUCAUGGAGGAAGACUCAAUGGAGGAACAAGAGGAAGAACACACGACUCUGCAAAAGAAAUACGAUAUCAUGGAGGAAGACUCAAUGGAGGAACAAGAGGAAGAACACAUGAUUCUGCAAAAGAAAUACGAUAUCAUGGAGGAAGACUCAAUGGAGGAACAAGAGGAAGAACACAUGAUUCUGCAAAAGAAAUACUAUAUCAUGGAGGAAGACUCAGUGGAACAGCAUCGAGCCUUUCAAAAGGGCACCUGCGAAGAUGCUCACAGCAGGUCGUCUUCGUUUUCAGAUUGGAAAACUGUUGCGGACAAGCAAGCUGACAGUAGAGCACAUCUUCCGGAUCAGAUUGGAGAGAGGAUUGAUCUCGCCAGCAACGCCCCUGCCGUCGGCGGCAUCGUCGUCCGCGCCAUCUCACGGGCACGUGGCUUCUUCGGGCGGCUGCUCUCCCGCGCCAUGACGCGGCAGCGCAGCGGGCCGUCGUCCUUAAAUUUCAAGGAAAACACCGGGGAGUACACCUUCGCGCAGCUGGCGACGGCGACGAACGGCUUUGCGCCCAAGGCCAAGAUCGGCGCAGGAAGCUUCGGCACGGUGUACCGGGGCAAGCUCCCGGACGGGCGCGAGGUUGCCAUCAAGCGCGGGGAGUCGUCUGGGCCGACGGCGCGCAGUUUCCAGGAGGAGAGUGCGUUCAGGUCGGAGCUCGCCUUCCUCUCCCGCCUCAACCACAAGCACAUCGUCGGCCUCCUGGGCUACUGUGAGGAGAACGACGAGCGGCUGCUCGUGUACGAGUACAUGAACAACGGCGCGCUCUACGACCACCUCCACCCCAAGGGCGUGGACGGCGACGUCGCGUCCCCGGUGGUCUCAUCAUGGAACCUGCGCAUCAAGAUCCUGCUGGACGCGUCGCGCGGCAUUGAGUACCUGCACUCGUACGCCGUGCCGCCCAUUAUCCACCGCGACAUCAAGUCGUCCAACAUCCUGCUGGACGGCAGCUGGGUGGCGUGCGUGUCGGACUUCGGGCUGUCGCUGAUGGAACCACCACAGACGGACGGGGCAGGGUCGCAAGUGCAGCAGCACCUGUCCACGAAGGCCGCCGGCACGGUGGGGUACAUAGACCCGGAGUACUACAGCGACCUGCACCACCUCACCGUGAAGAUCGACGUCUACGGCUUCGGCGUGGUGAUGCUUGAAACGCUCACGGGGAAGCGUGCCAUAUUCAAGGAGGCCCAGGGCGGGAGCCCCGUGAGUGUGGUCGACUACGCGCAGCCCAGCGUCGUGGCCGGGGAGCUCAGCAAGGUACUGGACAGGCGGGCGCCUGAGCCGACGCCGGUCCAGGCCGAGGCCAUCGAGCUGGUGGCCUACACGGCUGUGCACUGCGUGCGGCUCCAUGGCAAAGACCGGCCGCACAUGGCCGACAUUGUCUCCAACCUGGAGACGGCAUUCGCACUUGUAUCAUGUCAGGACGAGUUAAGCUAG